AACCUCCGAGUGGUUUGUUUGGAGGAUCUAGAAUGAAAACGUUCCCUUCCUUCUGUAACCCAUUGCAGUAUUGACCAGGAGGAAUUUACAAAAAUUGGGGAGACCCCCCCAAGGAACCGACCAGCUUCACAAUGGCAAAUGAACCGGUGAUACUAAACGUAUAUGAUAUGUACUGGAUUAAUGAAUACACCUCAACGUUGGGCAUUGGAGUAUUUCAUUCAGGGAUAGAAAUCUAUGGAAGAGAGUUUGCCUAUGGAGGACAUCCCUACCCAUUUAGUGGGAUAUUUGAGAUCACACCUGGCAGUGCAGUGGAACUUGGAGAAACUUUCAAAUUUAAGGAAGCUAUAGCACUUGGCACAACGGAUUUCACAGAAGAAGACAUCGAUAACAUCAUGGAGGAACUGGGGAAGGAAUACAAGGGCAACGCCUAUCACUUAAUGCACAAAAACUGCAAUCAUUUCUCUGCGGUUCUGGCUGAGAUGCUGUGUGGAAAGGAAAUCCCACGUUGGGUGAACCGCUUAGCUUACUUCAGCUCAUGCAUACCAUUUCUCCAGAGUUGCCUACCUAAAGAGUGGUUGACACCAGCAGCUCUACAGAGUCACAUCAGCCUCGGCCUCCAGCGAGAAGACCAAGGAGACAUAACAGAUGAGGACUCUCCAUCGACAUUGAAUGUGGCAGCGGGCACCACAACAACGGCCUCAGCUGGGGCAUCACGAACCUGUAGACACACUAGAGUUUAAGUGACCGUGUUCUUCAGGACUCUCUUCUGAAUCACGAUCACCUAUCUCACGACCUGGUUUUACUCAGACUUUGCUUUGGGGAAAUUUUACCAUUUUCUGUGAAUUCUCUCUCCCACAGUGUGAUUCUUUGCAUUUUGAAAGGAUCAUGAUUAUGCAAAAAGCAACAAUUUUCUUUAGAAGAUUAAUUCCCAAGGAAUUCAUGUGUUGGCUGCGUUUUCCUAUUUCUUUUUCAUUUCUUCACCACAUGCACGUAUCGCCUACACAGGGUGAAGGGGGCAAAGAUUGGGUCCACAUCACGUUUUUCCCAUCCGUUUAACGUAUACAUUAAUUGGUUGCCUCAGACUGAUGCAAUUGUUCACCAUAGAGUUCCAUUGUAAAAUAAAACAAAAAAAACGUAUACUUUGUUUUACCGGACUCUGCAGGAUACAAGAAUGUGGAGUGCUGCAUUUUUGUAUCCUAAUGUAUACGUCAAACUGAGACAUAAAAUGUGAUGUGAACCCACCCAAAUAUUGAUGGCGUUGUCACUAUGUCAUCAGAUUGUAAUUCUAAGAAAUGGAUAGGACACGAAGGAUGAAUAAUCCGGUUCAAAAUUGUGCCUUUCCAAAAUGCAGGUGACUUGUACAAAUAUCUAAGUUUCUCUACAUCGCAUCGUCUUGAUUGUAUAUCACUGGGAUAUGGCUUCACUUCCUGCUCAGUGGAAGUCGGAGCUUUUCGACUGCUGAGACCCCCAUCAAUCCUCAGGAUGAAGGGGCUGCAGUGUGCUCCUGUCCGCACACUGUCCAUUCACUUGAACAGGCAUGGUCCUGAACAGGUGGUGGUCAGGAGCCAUAGCAUUAUACCCCAUUAAAGUGCAACCCCAAUAUCAGAUAAAAUGCAGGCAGAUCAUACCGUACAUACAGAGGUAAAUCUGCCAUACGCGAGAUUAAACUUAGGCUAGUCCAAGCUUGUUUAGCCGACAGCCAGGGACGGACUGGAUACUAAAAGCGGCCCUGGAAAAAACUAAAAGUGGCCCUAUGUUGUAGGCAAAUCCAAACUGACAGAAGGUGGCGCCAACAGAAGAAGGUGGGUUAGCAUUAACAUACUGCGGCACAUAAUACCACCCCAGCAGAACCUAAUACCACAGUGCAUCUCAAAAGAAUGCUUCAGCAGCACAAAAUACGUCCCC